GCAGCUGCUGAGAUCUUCUCUGAGCGCUGGCGCCUCCUCGCUCUCAGAAGCUCCGGAUCCAGGCACGGGAGGGCUGCUUUUUCAGCGCCGCGAGCUCGGGCUGUGGAGGGAGGACUCCUGAUUGUCCUCCUCCUCUACAUAUUGGCUUGACUCUGCUCUGACCCCCACCAGUGCUGCACAGUCUGGAAAAAAAGCAGAAGUAUGGUGAAGCUGAACAGCAACCCAGGAGAGAAGGGGGCCAAGCCGCCUUCGGUGGAGGAUGGCUUCCAGACGGUUCCUCUCAUCACACCCUUGGAGGUUAAUCAUUUACAGCUGUCUGCUCCCGAGAAGGUUAUCGUGAAGACAAGAACAGAGUACCAGCCGGAACAGAGGAACAAAGGGAAGUUCCGGGUGCCGAAGAUUGCUGAAUUUACGGUCACCAUCCUUGUCGGCCUGGCCCUUGCUUUCCUCGCCUGCAUCGUGUUCCUGGUGGUUUACAAAGCCUUCACCUAUGACCACAGCUGUCCCGAGGGAUUUGUCUACAAGCACAAGCGCUGUAUCCCGGCCUCACUGGAUGCUUACUACUCAUCCCAGGACCCCAGUUCCAGGAGCCGCUUCUACACAGUCAUCAGCCACUACAGCGUGGCCAAGCAGAGCACUGCCCGGGCCAUCGGGCCGUGGCUGUCGGCCGCUGCCGUCAUCCACGAGCCCAAGCCACCCAAGACCCAGGGCCAUUAGAGGCCUGCCCCAGCCGGGAAGGGGGUGGGGGUGUAGAGGGGAACCCCCGACUGGCUAAGCAAAGCUGGAGCUACAAGACAACACUGUACUGCUGGGGUACGGGGUGGGGGCGGGGCAGGAUGGGGUCUGGGGAGAACUCCCCGAAAAUAUUGUGCACUGGAGUUGUCUGAAUCGAUCUUUCCUUUUGUCCUUUCGUAUUGUUGCUUCGUACCCAAGUCAGGCUCAUGUACAAAGGCAUGUUUCGUGUCGAUUGUUCCCAUGUAAGAUAUUUUCAAAGCCACCGCUUAUUCUUUGUUAGGAUAAUUUAGAGACAGAAAGGGGAGCCAGAGAACAAUGAAUAAAAAGCAUGAAGCGGGCUCUGUAUGGAAGACACAGCAGGGUGGUGAAGAGCACAGCCCCUCUGGGCUUCUUAGAUAAGGCACCGUGGCUUCAGUGUGGGUGUGGGCGGCCGAGUAUCUGUGUGGCAAAGGGUGGGCUGUUUGGUGUGCCGGUGGUCUGCAGGAGAGGAACACAGCAGGGCAGGGAAGGCUGAAUUGGAGAGAAAGGUGAUGCUGGCAUUUCUAAACCGGGAAUGCAUGCGUAGAGUACCACUCCGUGGUGAGUGUGCAGGGUGAGCACACAGGGGAGGCAUCGUGCUCAGCCCCGGGCAGCCCGUGGGACCUAGGCUCCGAAAGCUCACAGGCAGCAAACACAGACGUGGGUAGAUGUUGUCUUUCUUUUAUUUUUCCUAGGGGUAUCCCUAGACGCUUCCUGUGUUUUCAAGAAAAAGGAAGAGAGGGGACAAGGACAUGGGUCAGGCGGGUCGCCCUGGGCUUCUAGCAGAGGCACCCAGGUUUUACCUGCUUGCUCUUUCCCCAAAGUGCUCAUGACAGCAGCGGCAACAAUUGGAUCCUAGCCAGGAAAUCCAAGAGACAGCCGGGAGGAACCCCGAACAUUGGGCCUGCAGGGGUGGCAGGUCAUUUCUGGAAGAAGCUGGAGAAGGCCGCUGUCUUUGGUUUCCCCUGUUGUGUUGACAGAGGAUAGGCAUCCAAACUCCCCAGCCCAGUUCCAGAAGCACCUGAUUUGAGGGGGUGGGGGGACAUAGCCAGCAUCCUUAGGCUUCCUGUCCCAGGGCACUGUAGGGCAAGCUAUUGUGGGGGAGGGGGGCUCUUGCUUCUCAGGAGCAUUCCGGAAGGCCCUUUUCUGUGGAGGUGCUGGCUCUAGGCCCAAGAGGACCAGAACUGGCCAGGAGAAUUGUUCAUUUGACAUGUGUUACUGUUUCCCAAUGCCUCUCCAACAGGCCAUUUAAGGGUGUUUUUUUUUUUGUUUUGUUUUUUUGGGUUUUUUUUUUUUUUUUUU